ACCCAAUGCACGCCGACGAGAUACGAGCCGGCCUGUUGCUUAUUUACCCUUCCAGGAACAUGAUCGACGGCGGUUUCUCCACUGUCUUGGAGCUGUCAGUCUCUCCUUUCUGACUCAGCGGUCUUCGAGGGAUGUUUUGGUGGUUCGUUGGAUGGGUUCAGCUGGCGAGAUGAUGCUGUGGCAUGUUGUUUGUCGUUGUCGUGGACUGGUGCUGGAACGUGUCUCAUCCUUUUGGGGAUGAGGUUAUUUAUGGAUCAUGGAGGGAGAUGCAGAGACACACAGAGAGGAUUAGGGACGUCUCGAAAGGUAUAAAUAUGAGGAUGGUGCCGGUCAAUUGAUCUAUUCCAUCUAGAAAUCUAGCAAUCGCAUCCACUCCAUCCCAAAGCACAAUCCAACUUCAUUCUCACACCCUUUCUUUCUCUUGCAAACUCCAAGUCCAUCAACCACCAUCACCAUGAAAUUCUCCGCCCUUGCUCUCCUCCUGGCCGCCGGCUCUGCCAUCGCGGCCCCAACCACCGCCGCCAAACGCGCCAGCGCGCUCAAAAUCACCGACUUCUGGGCCAACGCCUCCCGCGCCAGCGGCACCACGAACAUGCACAUGGUCCUGACGGAUCCCAACUACCCCGACGACACCCCGACUGACUGCAACGUGAUCUGGGGCUUCGGCAAAUCUCCCGACGAGAACGCCCGCUGCAUCGGCGGCAACUACUACAUCCGCUUUCCCGACGGAGGUGCAGACAUCAGUCAGUGGAGCAUUGAGCUGGAGCGUGUUGACGGCCCUAUCCCUGUCAAGGCCCGAUUUGCGCUGAAUGACGAGGUCGAGGGGUCGAAGUGGAAGUGUGGACCUACUGAGAACCCUGGGGUGACGGAGCGGUGCAACUAUGAGGGGGUGUUGGAGGUUCCGGUUUAGAGUGUUAUAGUGUUGGAGUUGCUUUGCUUGUUUUGCUUGUUAUGCUUUGUUUGGGGGUGUGUUGGCAGGGGGUGCUGUUGUUGCUGCUCUAGUUCGUUAGUUGUGGUA